UGCGGCCGGCCGGGCCCGGGACCAUCCUCUGGGGCCGUCGCCCCGGCCCGUCCAUAUGCGGAGGCAGCCGCCGCCGGGCCCCGCCAGCGCCAUGUCGGAGCGGCCCGGGAAGCCCGCCUGCCUCAUCGUCGCCAGCGCGGCCUCCGCGGGUGUGUCUGCCCAAUCCUUUCUUCAUUCUUUUACACUGGCUAGCGCUGCUUUUAAUCUACAAGUUGCCACUCCAGGGGGGAAGUUAAUUGACUUUGUUGAUGUGAAUGAGAGCAACAUGCGUUGGAUACAGGACUUCCGAAUGAAAUCUUAUGCAAAUCCUGCCAAGUUGGAGUCAAUUGAUGGUGCUAGAUACCAUGCCCUGUUGAUUCCUAACUGUCCAGGGGCUUUGACUGACCUUGCAAACAGUGGAUACCUAGCUAGGAUAUUGCAGCACUUCAGCAAUGAGAACAAGCCUAUUUGUGCUGUGGGACAUGGAGUUGCUGCUUUAUGCUGUGCCACAAAUGAGGAUAAAUCGUGGGUAUUUCAGGGAUACAGCCUGACAGGGCCCUCUGUGUAUGAGCUGAUAAGGCAGCCCAGUUUUGCCAGUUUGUCCAUUAUUGUGGAGGACUUUGUGAAAGAUUCUGGAGCGACUUUUAGUGCCAGCAAGCCAGAUGCCGUACACAUAGUUCUGGACAGGCACCUUGUUACAGGACAGAAUGAGAAUUCCACUGUUAUAGCAGUCCAGAACCUUAUUAAUCUCUGCAAUGGCAGCAGGAAAUGAAGGAGCCGGCCUCCUUGUAGCUGGAAUAGAUGAAGAGCCAGAGAGACUGAAGAUUUUCUUGUCUGUGAAUGGGAUGUCUUGCUGAUGAAGAGGGCCAUCAGCACUUCUGUUGAUUCUGUGAUCAUGAAGAGGCGGUACCAAUGUACAUGCAGAGUGGAUAAAGCUUGUGAACAAGAAAGCAUUUACAUGUGUCACUCCUUAAACAUGAUCCUGAAAUAGUCUCACUUAUGUUUCUGGUAGUGAAACUUUUCUUGCAGAUUUUCUCCCCCCUGCCCUUGAAAAAAGAGGUUUCUAAAUUUUACAUGGGAAAACAUCCUAAAAAGAGCAUAUAUAUGUAUAGUACCAACACUUCUCCUUGUGCUAAAGGGAAGAGAUCCCACUCCAGGGCUAUAUGAUGUCAGCCCUUAGUUGGGAAUCUGAUAAUUCAGCUCCAUAGCAAAACAGUUCUGGAAUACUCUCAAUUUAGGUCCAUUCAUUUAUCAGCUGGUGCCUGUGGUUCAAAUAUCAAACUCCACAAUUAAUGCUGCAUUGAAUUGCAGUUUGAAGUCUAUUCUAUACCUCUGUCCAAUGAGUCACAAAGUUGGCUCCAGACUCUCUAAAUGGAUAUUUGAAAGUGUGACAGAUUUGAGAUAUAAAGAAAAAUGCUUAGAUAAAUCCUGCAUGAGUGCAACUUGAACAAUUUAGUCUGAAGCAGCUCACCUUGACGAUACCAUUGACAUAAUGUGCGCUUUUCUCAUUGUGUAUUCAGGUUAAUACACUUCUUUAAAAAAUCUGCUCAAAGGUUGUUUUAAAGGACCCUCUAAAAAGUCAUUUGCAGUACUGUCUUGUGCAGCGUGUAUUAUGAAUUUGUAUUGUUUGGAUUGUCAGAAAUAUUGACCUCUGGCAAGUACAGUGCGAUUGUCUGUUCUUGGAAUUAAUUUUAUUACAGAAGUAAAAAUCUAGAAAUGAAUUUACUUGGACCAAAUAGAUUUCAUCCUGCACAUAGUUUCUUAGUAGAUCAAUGACUCAUUCUCUUUGCAUUUCAUAUUGAGCAUGUUAUUGGUUCCUUUCCAUCCAUUUAAAAAAUGAAAGGGACCAUCAGCCCACGAAGAAGGGUUUUCCCUCCACCUUAGUCCUAACCAUGUGAAAGCUGUUGCCAGAAGGGAUGCAUUCAUGGGUUGGUUUUUUUUCCAUGACUGAAAUUGAGACCACCCUUUUCUGCAGUAUUCUCUAGGGAGCAGGACUCAUGAAGUUUCUCCUGGUUUCAUUUUUUCUUAAAGGGAGCAUGAGAUGCUGUAAUCAUAGUCAUCUGGCAGACCAGCCUUGUUUCCUUUUCUGAGGGGAAAUGUUUAUUAGCUCUACUUCCUCUCAGAACUGGUGUGUGAGUUUAAAUAAUUUGCUAUGGGGGUUUCCAGGCUUUCUGUCUGUGUUGUAAACUGAAGCCCUGCUUUUAGAUUUGCACUUAUGAUGGAAAUGUUCAUUAAAUCUUCAUCCCUGUCAGCUUCUGUCAAGGAUUUUCUUUUAGUUUCUUCUCUGCUGCCAGAACAUAUGUCUCAGCUGCAGUUUUUGGUGGACCAUCCAGUGAAAUGAUGUGGAACAUCUAUUUCAGUAGCAUGCAGAGGUGGGGCAGUAUGGGACAGCUUCUGAAAGCCAGCAACAGUCGAUGUAAGCAACACAGUAUCUACGCUCACGCUUCGUCAACCUAACUACAUCGCCAUUGACUCGACGCCUCUCAUGGAGGUGGAGUUAAGUCAGUGUAACGGGCCAGUUAUGUCUGUGGGAGUGAAAUUUUACUGUAGAUGCUUACAUAGAUCAGCGUAAGCUGUUUUGCUUCUACCUAACUCUAGAAUAGACCGGGACAGAGAUUGGGGCCCCAUUGUGGUGGGUGAUGUACUCACACAGAGCAAGAGAUAGGCUCUGCCUCAAAGAACUUACAGUCUAAAUAGACAAAACAAAGCCCUGUCCACUAGACCAGAGGUUCUCAAACUGGGAGGCAGGCCCUGGGGGCGGGGACAGCACAUGAGCAGUUUUAGGGGGGAAAAAGACUUACUGCGCACAUUUUGCCCACAGCAAUGAAUAACUAGCAAAGCUGAUUCCUCCAGACAUUGUAGCUCCUCAGAUGGCGCUGUGCAUUUGACUCUAGAUGGCACUGUUCAUAUUGAUGGGUUUCUGUUAACCUUGCAUCAUACAAAGUUGCUGCCAUCUGUAUAGUAAUCUGUUUGCUACGACACUGCGUGCACAUUUAACUGUAAGCAUCAAGCACAAUCGCUGUUUUGCUUUUGCUCUUAUUACUAUGGAUCAUUGGCUCUGUUUGAAUCGAAGCCUUACUGUUUUUAAUAUUUAAGUAAGAGCUGCAUAUUGAGGGGUGGUUUUUUUUAUCGGUGUGUAUGUAUACUUGUGUGGUAGGAGGAGGGGGCAUAAACUACUACAGACACAAAGAAGGAGAGUGCGAUCAAACAAGUUUGAGAAAUACUACACCAGCCUACGCUGCCUCCCAUCUCUCUCUAGAAUGUUCCCAGCUUUGAUAGUCCAUAUUCCUGCCUCUCCCUUCAUCUCUCCCCGCCACCCCCAUUUUAAAAGCAGUUGAGAGAAACCUAGUUCUCUAAGAGCAGGAAACUGAAAGUUGCUCUCAAGACUGCCAAUCUUUUCUGCUUUUAUUUUUCUUAACUGAAACAUUUAGGGGCCAGUAGAGAAGACUUGUUAUUUCACCAAGGCUGAUUUCACCCAGAAUUAGAGUCCCAAGUACUAUUUUUUUCCCCAAUGGCAGCUUGAACUAGAAGUGUGAUGGCAAUAACUUGUGGUUUUGAAAGCACAAAGUGAAACAUAACUUAAUUAAAAAUAGUUUUUGAUUGGAUUUUGGUAGUAAACUGGGUUCUAUUUCAAGCUGUGCCUUGGGCUUCCUACCUGAUUUUGUGCAAACUUAACAUCUCAGUCCCCCCUCUGAAACAAGGGACUUACAACCACGUUGCUAUCUCACGGGAGUGCUGAGGCUUGAUUCCUAAUUGGCAAUGUGUUUGGUGACCCUUGGAUUGAAGAUGCUAGAUGAGCUCAAAGUAUUAAAAAGGUAACUAUCCAUCGUAACACUUUCAGUUGUAGCUGCUUGUCAUAAACAGAUGGUUAAGGGUUAAUGUCUCCUUUACCUGUAAAGGGUUAAGAAGCUCCGUGAACCUGGCUGACACCUGACCAGAGGACCAGUGGGGGGACAAGGUACUUUCAAAUCUUGGUGGAGGGAAGUUUUUGUUUGUGCUGUUUUUUUUUUUUUGUUCGUUCGCUCUUGGGGCUAAGAGGGACCAGACGUACACCCAGGUUUUCUCCAAUCUUUCUAAAUCAGUCUCUCAUGUUUCAAAAUAGUAAGUACUAGCCAGGAAAGGCAGAUUAGUCUUGUUUGUUUCCUUAACUUGUAAAUGUGUAUUUUGCUGGAAGGAUUUUUACCUCUGUUUGCUAUAGCUUUGAAUCUCAGACUUGGGGGGGGGAAGUCCCUCUAGUCUAUAUGAAUCUGAAUACCCUGUAAGCAUUUACCAUCCUGAUUUUACAGAGAUAAUUUUUUACUUUUUCUUUCUUUAAUUAAAAGCUUUCUUUUUAAGAACCUGAUUGAUUUUUCUUUGUUUUGGAAUCCAAGGGAUUGAGUCUAAACUCACCAGGGAUUGGUGGGGGGAAAGGAGGAAGGGAAUGGUUAAUUCCUCUUUGUUUUAAGAUCCAAGGAGUUUGGAUCUGUAUAGCUUCCCAAGGCAACCCAGGGAGGGGAAAGUCGGGGGGGGGGAAGGAGGGGGGAUGGUUUGUUUCUCCUUGUUUUAAGACCCAAGGGGUUUGGGUCUUGGGUUUUCCAGGAAAGGUUUUGGGGGAACAGGAAGUGAGCCAUAUUUUGGCUGGUGGCAGCGUACUAAAUUUAAGCUAGUAAUUAAGCUUAAAAGUGAUCAUGGAGGUCCCCACUUUUUGGACGCUAAAGUUCAAAGUGGGGAAAAGACCUUGACACUGCUUAUCUAUUUCUUUUGCCUCUUGUGACUAUCUACUAAACUUUGUAUGCACCUAUACGAGGAAGUUUUCCAGGUUAAUCAUUGUAAAAAAUAUGUAUAUGUUAACUGUACUACCUAAUAUUUUUGAGUGCCUCUUUGUUCUCACAUUAUGGGACUAGAAGAGGCAUCUUCCCUAUAUUUCAUGAUUCCCUCUUGUGUGCCCUUUUUCUGUCUGAUCUAAAUAGUCCCCAUAUUGGAGCCAUUUUUAUUGCAAAGCAGGGAGUAGGCAUUUCAUGCCCUAACAAGAAGUGGCUGGAUAGGUGAUGCAUAAUGUCUGCUUGCACUGUCUGAUGAAAAAAGAACAUUGGCUGUUUGAUAGUGACCUGAUUUCUAAUAGCAAAGUAAGUAAGUGAUUUUGAGAAGGAAUCCCUCACCCUGAUGUUCAUGGUGGACUACCAAGUGAUAGCCUUAGAAAUUUUAGUGACACAUAGUGAACGACUGACGCUGACACUAUUUUUAAAAAAUACAGUUUUCAUACAAUGCGACCAAUUUAAACUCAGGGCUGUAGACAGUGCUAGGCUGACAGAAGAAUUCUUCCGUCUACCUAGGUGCCUCCUCUCAAGGAGGUGCAUUUACUACUACAGUGAUGGAAGAACCCCUUCUGUCACUGUAGUGAGUGUCUACACUGGGGUGGAAAGAAUGUCAGGCUGUCUUACAAAACAUGUCCAGAGAGCAUGUUAGCUUUGGGAGGAGUCUUUCUGUUCUUUGGUCACUGAAUAAAAGUGCAAGGACACUAGCUUCUGCUGAGUGGAGCAAUGAAAGGGGUAACAGGAUGAAAAAGGGGUAAAGGUAACUGCACAAAGGAAGCUGCGGAUACUGUUUGGCUCAGGCUUUUUUAAAUUUUGGAAGAAAUCCUGGACUGAGAAAACAUUGUAGUGAUUUCAGAUGGUGAAAUAUAUUUGAUUUAUUUAGAAAUGCGGUUGCUAUAUCAUUGCAUUACUAAAAUAUGUUAGGGUGAACAUUGUUACAAAAGUUAGUGCCAUUUAUCCCCUCCUCUCCCUCACACAUACCAGAGCACAGAGAGCUGAUGUCACUUUUAAUCAGCUUCUGUCUCCUGACAAACACUCUGGUCCCCUCGCCCCUGGAGGGGCUGAUAGUCUCAAAGUUACAGUUUUCAUAAUUGAAGAACUAUUGGAAAAUGUUUUGAAAACAGCAACAUGUCUCUUGAAUUUGCUUCUCAAAUGCCUAUAUGGUAUGUUCUUCGCACCAAAACUACUGUCGUGUUUAACAUUCCCAUUCAUUUUGAAAUUAGUUAAAUGCAAACAAAGCUGAAGUACAGGCACAGAGAAAGAAAUGAAAACUUAAGUCAUUGUUAUGUGCCCAGCUAUUGGAGCAUGUCUCAGCUGUCCCUCAUUUAGUCCCAAAGUUAAACAUGUGCCACACAAAUUUGGCAUCCCCCUCAUUUUAUUCUUGAAAGUGUAUUUACAUCAGACAUAAAUAAUCAAGAAACUGCGGUUGUGGAAAGAGUGUUGCUAAA